UGACCCCACACGUGACACGAGCAAAUUUGAGGACUCAUUUUUUAAAUGUUUACCGUUUAAAGAUUUCAAAAACACUCUGUCCCGAAGCACGUUUCUUCGAUAAUCGGUGCGAUAACUAGUAUCUUUGUUUACAAAGGACGCAGAGAUAUGGAAGAACUCAAAUUUGAACAGCUGAUGGUCAAGCUGAGAAAACAUCAGGAGGAAAAACUGGUCCUUGACGGAGACGUCGCCGAAUCCCUCUCAGUUCAUGAUGCCUUGUUAGAAGAACUGGCGAAUUUACGAACUGAAGCUUACCAACUCAAAGCUACGCACCGAGACAAAAAAGAGUCAUGCAGGGUUCUGCAGUUCCAAUGCAGAGAGUCAGAGCAGGAAUCCGCUAGACAAUUGCAGCUCAACAGGCAAAGCGAGGAGACGUUAGAACAGUACAGAUGCCAGAUCCAGGAAUUAAAGUUGAAGCACAGAAAGCUGCGGAUGAAGUUUGAAAACCAACUCAAUCAACUCAUAGAGCAGCACAAAAAUCUACUAACUAUAUUUACCCCAGAGAGACUUCCAUCUGAAAUAGAAAGCGCUCAGAAUUCAAAAUGCCAGUUAUUAGCCACUGGUUGUGGCGCCAGGCCUGGACGGAGAUGUCAUCACGUCUCACGAGAGCUCUUGAACAAGGUUUGAUGGAGUUCACUCGAUACUUGUUCAAAAAUAUGCAGUUGAUAAAGACUCUUGAUCGCUUGCUAAUUCCACAACCAAAAUCUCAUAUUAGGAGAAUUUAAUCACUCAGAAUUGAGCGUAUCAGUGCAUCAACGAAAGCACACACAUAUCUUGUGGACUCAUUAACAGAGAAAACACUUAUUUGUUUCACACAUUCGUAUUCACACCACCUCCAUCCCCACCACCACCUGCUCAGCCUACUGCCCUCUGGUACGAGGUACAACGAAGAAGAGCACAACCAACAGACUGAACAACAGCUCUUCCCUUGGGCAAUCGGGGCACUUAACACUUAUAAAACAUUCAACAUACACACAUAUACCUCACUUUAUAUAAAGUGCAGUAUGCUUAUGGCCUUUUAUAUUUUAUUUUUAUCAUUUACCUCGCCUGUCCUUGUCUUGUUCUAAAAAAUGUUCUUGCUAUUUCUGCCUUGUUUUUUAGAAUUGAACUUAAAUUGCCUGUUUGGUUUUUGUGUGUUUAAUGCACCUUAAGUUGGCACUCCCAAUUUUGUUGUAUAGGCGACUGUACAAUGACAAUAAAGGCUAUCUUAUCUCAUCUUAUAGUCAGAACAGAAACCUGGAUAGUUGUUACGCUCAGCCAGUAAGAAGAUAUAAUCAUAUCUCAUAAGAUCUCCAAUCAUCAUGUUUUCAAGUUCUCUAUGAGAGAACAACAGGUAAGGAAACACCUCACUAAUGAUACCUUCCUACUGUUGUCAGAACAUACUUGUCUGUUACGUAGGACCAGGUGCGUUUCUAGGUUUAUUAACACAGUUGGACUAUUUACAGCUACCUAACAAGCAGACUAGGAAAGGCAAGCCCCGGGAGGAUCGAGACAAUCAGAACACAAUUUCAGAAAAGUCAUUAAUGAAUCAUUUCAGUAAUAUUUAUUCCACAGUUAUGCGUCAUGUUUUGCAUUGCUGUAAACAGGAUAAUUCUAUAUAUUUUUUAUUUUUAUUAAAUAGUAGCACCAUGAUGUAGAUAGUGUUACCCGAGGGUCAAGUCAGUUCUGACAUCGUUGCUACGGUAUCAUUGGUGAGGUACAUCCUUACCUGUUUUUCUCUUCAAGAGAAUUACAGAAUAUGAUGAGCGGAGAUCUAAUGAGAUAUGAUUAUAUCUCCAUCCUGGCUGGGCGCAACAACCCUCCAGGACCGUUCUGAUUUGA